AUGGCCCUAACCUCGUCCGGCUUCGCGGUCAUCUUUGGCGCCUUGCAGGUGAGCGUGGGCGUCGGCUUCUGGCUGAUCACCUACGGCCAGCUGCAGUUCGGCAAGCUCACCGCGUUCCAGUCCUACCAGAUGCAGGCCCGCCCGACUCCGGCCCGGCUACACAUCUUCCAGCUACUUGACCGCGAGCCGCGGCUACCAACCGGCGGCGGGCAGUCGCCGGCAGAGCCGAUGCGCGGCGAGAUCGCCUUCGAGGGCGUCGUGUUCGCCUUCCCGACGGCAGAGGACGUCCCCGUGCUGCGUGGCUUCACCCUGUCUGCCGAGUCGACGGUCGCGCUGGUGGGGUCGAGCGGCUGCGGCAAGAGCACAACCCUCUCUCUGCUGCUGCGCUUCUACGACCCGCAGCGAGGCGCGAUCACGAUCGACGGCCACGGGGUGGGGGACCUCGACCAGGUGUGGCUGCGGUCCCAGAUGGCGCUGGAGCCGCUCCUCUUCGGUCUCUCCGUCGAGGAGAACGUCGGCUACUCCCUGUCCGCGGCGCGCGCGCGCGAAGGCGGGGGGCGGGUCGACUUUAACGACGCCGCCGUCCGCGCGCGCGUAGAGGAGGCGUGCCGCCGCGCCAACGCGCACGAGUUUGUGGGCGGCCUCUCUGACGGGUGCGAGACGUUGUCGGGAUGGCGCGGCAUCUGCAUCAAGCUGUCGGGCGGGCAGAAGCAGCGCGUCGCCAUCGCGCGCGCCCUGCUCGCGGAGCCGCGCGCGCUGCUCUUCGAGGAGUUCGGCGCAAUGAGCGCGGGGGUGGAGGAGCUGCUGAUGCGGGUGGCUGAGGUGGCGGGCCGGAAGCUCACAUGGUGGCAGUACGACCAGACGUCGUGGUCGGCGCGCGAAUGCAUGCCGUUUGUUUGCGCUGCAGCGACUGUCGGGUGGGUGGGCCUCGGCAGGAGGAACGAGGAAGCAAACGGAACGCUUUUUUAUUUGCGCCGGAGGCGUGGCUGCGCAUGA